AUUGUGAAUUAGCCCAAAUGGCUACCUUCGUUUUUCAUUUGACACUUUAGAAAAUAAUAAAAGUAAUUUACUCAAACGGUUUCUUAACCAAACAAAAAUAAUCAAAUGGCCAAGACAGAAGAUCUAUCGAGUCGCCUACAACUGUUGCAGGAGAAACUGACAAAGGAAAUUGAGACCAGAGACAAUAUGAUACCCCAAUCGUUUGGACACAGUAAACGCCCAAGUGAUUUGGGUCAGGGCACACCGACAGCCGGACGAAAAAUGCUGUUAAAAUUGCCCUUUUCACAACAACCUCCAGCAAAUGUCAUUGAACCGGAGACGGAAAAUAAAUUACAAAAUAUUAAGGAACGAAAUGGCAUACUAAAUAUUGACGAUGUGCCACACAAAACAGAUAUAAAAGACUUGGAACAUUUAGGUGAAUUGGGUAAUGGUACGAGCGGUCAUGUGGUUCAAAUGAGACACAAACAAACGGGUCGUGUAAUUGCUGUCAAACAAAUGCGUCGCACCGGCAAUCAUGAAGAAACGAAACGUAUCAUCAUGGACAUUGAUGUUGUGUUAAAGUCACACGAUUGUCCCUAUAUCGUUGAGUGUCUGGGCUGUUUUAUAACGGAAAUGGAUGUUUGGAUCUGUAUGGAAUUGAUGGCCACAUGUUUCGAUAAAUUACUGAAAAAAUCAAAUCGGCCAGUACCCGAACACAUACUAGGAAAAGUCACCGUCGCUACUGUCAAGGCAUUGUCCUACCUUAAAGAUGUGCACGGUGUGAUACACAGAGACAUAAAACCAUCAAAUUUGUUGAUCGACGAACGUGGCAACAUAAAAUUAUGCGAUUUCGGCAUCAGUGGUCGUUUGGUGGACUCUAAAGCUAAGACUCGAUCCGCCGGCUGCGCUGCUUACAUGGCGCCCGAAAGAAUCGAUCCAAAGAAACCGGAAUACGACAUUCGGGCCGACGUCUGGUCACUUGGUAUAACGCUUGUCGAACUAGCUACCGGUUCGUUUCCGUACAAAGGCUGCAAAACCGAUUUCGAGGUUCUGACUCGUGUGUUAGAGGCCGAUCCGCCGUGUCUACCCACGGACAAGGACUUUUCAAUAGAAUUUCAAACGUUCGUUAGGAGAUGCUUGACAAAGAACUACAAAGAGAGACCAAAAUAUCCCGAACUGCAGGAGCAACCUUUUUUAAAGAUAUACGAACAAAAGCCGGUCGAUGUGGCUGGUUGGUUUGCUCAUGUUAUGGAAACGUCUGGUAUAAAAUCGAAUUGCAGAAACUCUCCGUUACCGGACACCACAGCACGGCUAAAAACAUCUACCCAAAUACCAAAUUAUCAGUAUAACAACAUCAACAAUAGCAGCAGCAAUAGCCUCUUAAACAAACAACAUUCUCAUUCAAUUUUAUCAUCAUCACCAUCGACACCGCCACCAAACCAAAAACCUCAAUUAUAUCAGAAUGCCGCAGUGAAACAUCAAUAUCCGAAUCAUGACAGCAGCCAUCAGCAACCCAAUCACUUAAAUCAAUUAAAACAGAUGGAAAUGAAUGGUGUGACGCCAUCACCACCGCCACCACUCUUACCCAAAAAGCAAUUUUACGUCCAACGAAACGGCGGAUAUAUGAAAGACGAAACAGAUAUCAUAAACGAAAUGAACCAAUUGUACAUGAAGUCACCGUUCGCGCAGAGACGAUGCCAGCCAUCGGAUGGUGAUUAUGGAAGCAGUCCCAGUCCGAAAAUGGACGCAAUUUACAAUAAUAUUGCUCACAAUCGUACUCAAAAGUACUUUCCGGGAUCGCCGUACUUACAACGGAAAUACUCUCAACCGCAAGAUAGUUUUUGGAAUUUGCAACAUCCGCCGGAUGGUGUCGGAGGUUCGAAAAGUGCCACAACUUCUCCAUACGCUCGAAAACGGUUUCAAACCACAAUUCCAGUUUCUGAUCAAACUCAAUGCACUCGUCCGUUAGGAAAUACAAGUCCCAUAGUACUCCAACGAUUCUAUCACCAACAAAGUCAGCAUCGCGACAAAAGCGAACGAAACCGGCCGGUUGAUAGCACAAAUCCAUUUCUUAGCCACAUACCGAAAUAUCAAUUCGACAAGUCAUUCGAUCCGACUCAUGAAUAUCUACAACCGCCGAAUACGCCGCCUAGUUGUAAUUCAUAUAUUCCUACGUACCAGCCCCAAUCGAAUCAAAAUGGCCAAAAGAACCCAUUCACCUACACCAAUUCAAAUAAUCGGAAAAUAUCGUCGAAACCGCAAAAUGUUUACAAUGAACAUGGUGGUAGCAAUUCGGGUUAUGGUAACCAGGACGUGUAUAGUAACAAUUUAUACGGUCGAACAAUGUCGAAAAUGGAUGGGAAACCGAAUGCCGAAAAGAAUGUGGUGAAUGGAAAAAGUGAAUCAAGUAAAGAAGAUCAAGGAUGGUUCAAUUCAUUUGCAGGUGUAGUUAAAAGACGAUUUGCCUCCUAUGUUAAAUUGAAUUUAACUUCCGGAGAUAAGCAACAGCAGCAGCAACAGCAACAACAGGAAAAAGAAGCAAAUAGUUCCGCUGAUAAACGCUCAUCGCCGAAUCCAAACACUUACGGUACAUCCGGUUCACAGCUACCAGUUUCAUCGAUGAUUUAUCCACCAAGUCCACAUAUUCUUAGUAUUGAUCGCAGACAUCAUCGUAGUCCGGAUCCGCCACCGAGAUACAAUCGAGGUCAAUCACCCUUAGUUCUAAGACGUAAUUUACUGGAAUACGGUCAGACGUCCUCAGGGUCACCGAUACCGGCAAGAAGACUAACAUCGCCGUCACCACCUUUACCGCCGAGACGCGGCUCAGAAUCGGUACCCGGAUCACCACAGCAUUUCCGUACAAAAAUUCAUUACACACCGGAACCACAGCGUCGAAUAUAUCGUACAGUCGAUCAAUGAGUGGGACUGCAAAUUAUGGCGAUGUGAUCUUGGUAUGGGUUUUGAUGUUUGAUAGAGUUCGUUCGGCGAAUCGUCAAACUUCAAAUCGAGUACGGAUGUUAUGUUGCCAUAAACUGAACAAGAAAAAAAAAUGAUUUUUUUUGUUGGGAAGAAAGAAAAGUGUGAAAACUGAAAGUGAAAUAAUUUUGACUUGGUUCCAUGUUUAAAUCAUGUUUGUGUUUCGUGUGUCAAAACUUUUAAACUGAUGAAACUUUUGUCCGAAUGCCGUUAAUUUGCUGAAUUAGAAAUACGAGACGGACAACCACAAAAAAAAACAAAAGAAAUGCUUACGAGGGUUUUAGAAUUAUGUUCCAACAUUAAAAAUAUUGAAAAUAAAUUCUUUUGAAAAUAAAAUCUGUAAAUUGAAUUGAUCCGAAACAAAUAAUAAAAUAAAAAAAAAUAAAAAGUUAUCGGACACUUGAGGGAGGAACGAUAAAAAAGAACGAAAUUUCAAAAAUAUUUAGAAAACGAAAUUCGGUCAGUAAAUUCUAGUCACCGCGCAGAGAAAAAUUAUUUUUUUUACGAAUUGGCUUCGGAGUAAAUUUUUAUUUCUCUUUAUAUAAAUGAAAACAAGGAAAAUUUAAAGCAAACCAGAGAAAAAACCAUGAAAAGUUUUAAGUGCAUUACACAAUUUGGUUCACCUAUAUAAUCAGAGACAAUCAUCAAAUACAGCUCGUUUAUAGUCUAUACCAUCCACAUUAAAACCGCAUCAAUAAAAAUUUUAAACACGAAAAUUCAACACGUUGUUCUUCCAAAAAUAAUAAUGUAUAGACGGUCGAUUCAACAACAACAACAACAAAACAUAUUACAAUGAAGAAGACCAAUAAUACAAUAUUAUCAAUUAUAAUCACAAACAUUUAUAAAG